CGUCUCCAUAUUGCCAUCGAUUGAUAAUUUCUCCCCAAAACGUCAAGGGGUCACAGGGGAGCUGGAGAACCAGGCCGGAAGUGAGGACAAUUCCAAGGACCCAUGGCUGGCAGGGACCCCACACAAUAGAAGAAGAAGAAGCGGCCUCGACAAUCAAUGUCAAUGAACCAUCAAUGUCGACCGACUCAUCGGGUCCUGGUCCGCCGCGGUGCCCGCUUAAGUCAACGUCAACAUAAACGAAUGUCUUUGCCCAACUCCGAGAACAACUCCACCCUGGAGAACGCCAUGCAGCUCCUGAUCCAGACCUUCCACAAGUACUCUGGAAACGAGGGCGACAAAUACACACUGAGCAAGCUUGAGCUGAAGACCAUGCUCACCACCGAGCUGGGCAGCUACCUGGGGAACGCCCAAGACAAGGAAGCGGUGGAUAAGGUCAUGUGCGACCUGGACUCCAACGGGGACGGCGAGGUGGAUUUCACCGAGUUCAUCAUCCUGGUGGGGGCCCUCACUGUGGCGUGCAACGACUUUUUCCUGGAAUACAACGACAAGCCCUGCAAGAAGUGAACGUAGCGUUUGAGGGAGGACGACGCGCAUCUUAAUGUCUCUUUUGGUUCCAUGUUUGGGUUCAUGCCUUUUUGUAACACUGUCAAGCUGUGGGAUCCCCCCCCCCCGGAAAGAAUAAAUGUAGUCUUUGUUCAAACAAUACCCGUCUUGGCCGUUUUCUGUUGUGAGAGAGCCUGCUAGAUGAUAGCAGGUGGCCCUCAUUUUAGAUCGGCUUAUUUUUGCCACAACAAUUUAUCUCCGAAUACGUGGCCUGUGAUUGGCUUGUGGCCUACAAGGUGAGUUCAAUCUGAAUUCCUUUUGGUUCGUAGAUUUGUAUCUCCACAGCGAAUCCGACUUCUUUCAUUUUUCCAGCUGUGAAAUGAGUCUAGUAGUCUCGGGGUCAGUUUACAAUUGAAUUGAUAGGGAGCAAUGCCAGCACUGGAGAGAGUGAUUAGCUGCCAACGAAGGUUUAGCAAAGUUCAGUCGAUCUCCUGAGAAGAACGCGGAACGGAAACAUGUUUACUCGUGACUUGUGACCCUUCUUACUUUGGUUUUGACGUUGACGUGACCACAAACGUUAGCAUCUGCUUUUGCAAAAAACGUGACUUCAAUGACGAGGUUAACCAUGCUACAACGCAGGAGCCAUUUUUCUUGGAAAUCACCUUGUUGGCUCUCAAAUUUAGAAUUUAUUUCUAAUGUAUUUACAUCCUCACAAUACUCUUUAUAUACUUUUCUUAGACAGGCACACGUUUUGUCACAUUUCUCUAUAGUUUAAACACUCAAAGUUCAAAUUCCAUUAGAAUUUUUGUGAUCAAUUUCUUGGACACAAGAAACGAUUAAGUGCCUCACCUUAUUCACUUCUCAGACGUGCGUCGUCCUGGCACCGUUCGGCUGUAGCGUUUUUGUGUCCUUGUUAAAACAUAUCGUUCUUUUACUCCUUGUAGUCCUCCAUGAACCAAAGAUUCAUUCCUGCAUUUCUGCAAAUUAGGAUCACUUAUUUCUAAACAGAAUAUUUCCAUGGUUAGCGCAUAGAAAACCUGUUUACGACCUUUUAAAUCUGUUUUUUAACAUUAUUAGAGCCCUCUAGACAUGAAAUGACAACCCUAUAGUCACAUUUACAUUCAUAUUACCCAAUAUAGUAGACAUAAAAAGAUCAAAUAAGACAUUUAGG